CGCCGGUGGCGAGGCCCAGCUGUCGUGGACGUGCAUCAGCGUCUGUGGUGAGCGGAGGGAUUCUGGGUAGUAACAACCCCGAGCGGCAGGGGCGUCUAACUACGUGCCGCAGGUCUCACUCCCACCGAGGCAGUCGAGGGUGGCAGUUGUAGAGUCGGGGGUAGCCGGACAUGGAGCAGCCGUGGCCGCCGCCGGGACCUUGGAGUCUCCCCCGGGCGGAGAGUGAGGCUGAGGAAGAGAGCGACUUGGACGUGUCCCGCAGUUCCCCCCGUUGCCUUCAGCUGCCAGGCGGCGGCGCCCAGAUAUAUAGCCAUGGGAUUGAACUGGCUUGCCAAAAGCAGAAAGAGUUUGUGAAAAGCUCUGUGGCUUGCAAAUGGAAUCUCGCUGAAGCGCAGCAGAAACUUGGUAGCUUAGCACUGCAUAACUCUGAGUCCUUGGAUCAGGAACAUGCCAAAGCACAAACAGCAGUAUCAGAACUGAGGCAACGGGAAGAAGAAUGGCGACAGAAAGAAGAGGCUCUAGUACAAAGAGAGAGAAUGUGUCUGUGGAACAUGGAUGCCAUUGGCAAAGAUGUUUUUAAUAAGAGUUUUAUUAAUCAAGAUAAAAGAAAAGAAACAGAAGAUGAAGAUAAAUCAGAAUCAUUUAUGCAGAAAUAUGAGCAAAAAAUCAGACAUUUUGGUAUGUUGAGCCGAUGGGAUGAUAGUCAAAGAUUUUUGUCUGACCAUCCAUACCUUGUAUGUGAAGAAACUGCUAAAUAUCUUAUUUUAUGGUGUUUUCAUCUAGAAGCUGAACAGAAAGGGGCUCUGAUGGAACAAAUAGCACAUCAAGCUGUUGUAAUGCAGUUUAUUAUGGAAAUGGCCAAAAACUGUAAUGUGGAUCCAAGAGGGUGUUUUCGUUUAUUUUUCCAGAAAGCCAAAGCAGAAGAAGAAGGUUAUUUUGAAGCAUUCAAAAAUGAACUUGAAGCGUUCAAGUCAAGAGUAAGACUUUAUUCUCAGUCACAAAGUUCUCAUCCUAUGACAGAUGAGAAUCAUGUUCCCUAUUCUGGUGUUGGAGCUAUAGGUUUAUUAGAAUCCUUACCACAGUACCAUUUGUUGAAGAGACUAUUCUUUCCCCAUUGAGUGGAUUGGCAUCUUUGUCAAAGAUCACUUGGCCAAAGAAUCCAGAUUAUCUUCAGUAUUCUAUCAAUACAGCUCUCUGCAGUUUAAAUUCAGCGGUACAUAAAGAAGAUGAUGAACCCAAAAUGAUGGACACUGUAUAAUUUGGUUAAGACUGCUAAGGCCAAGUACUAUUUUGUUACAAGAAAGGAAGAACUUGGCUAUUUUCUUGACACUUUUAUGGGUGCUGCACUUUAUUUUUGUUUGGUUUUUGAUGGGAGGGAAAAAGAGUACUGAAACGUUUUGUAAAUUUUUUUUUUGUAAUGUGCUGCUAGGUUUUUAUGUGUUUUUUUAAUUUUCUUAAAGAGAAGAGUGGUACCAUAUGUUGCAAGAAGUCAAACUGGACUUUUUUUUUUUUUUUUUUUUUUUGCUACUAAAUUUGCCUUUAAUCUUAUUGUUCUCAAUUUUGGAAUCAAAGUAUGAAAAUCUGCACAAAUACAAUGUUUACAAGAACUGGCUGAUUCUAGGAGGCAUCUGCUACAGUCUCUUUUUAUAUGGAUGUGUACAUGUCCUACUCUAUAAAAACGAUUAAAGAUAAAAAUGUACUUGUAUCCUACUGCUAAUUUACCUGUGAAAUCUGGUGUUUCAUCCUAUAAAAGCAAUAAAUCACUAGUUGAUUAUCUACUAAGUUGGGUGGUACAAAUUAAAGUCUUUCCCCUUAAAAUACUAGUAUUACAUUUGUAUUUUCGGCACCAUCAGAUAACUCCUUGAUUAUAAUAUAAAUUUGACAUGAAGACAUUAAAUGUACUCUCAAAGUAUUCUCAAUGCUGUAUUCCUUAGAAGUUGAUUUUACUUUUACUCUGUUGGCCUUUUAACAUUAAGUAUUAUAGUGAUAUAAAAAGUGAUAGAGCUGUGAUUGAAAACCAAAUCUGCUAAUAUAGGGAAAAUACAGUUUUGUUUUGUUUUGUUUUGUUUAAAUAAGAUCAACUUCAAGCCCACUCUUAAUCUCUUUACUUGAUGUGGUCUGGCACCUCUCAGGGAGCAAUUUUUAAAAGAAUACUAAUGGCCUGUAAGAACAAACAGGAAGAAAAAUCUGAUUUUAAUAAUUAUGGUUAUUUAUUUCACUCUAAUAUAGCUCUUUUUUAAAUGGCAAGAGAAAUCUUAUCAUUCUAAAUGCCUCAAGCAGCCAACCACUUUUUUCUAAGAAUUUGGUGACCUUAUCGGUAAUGAUGGCUUUUAUUUGGCUUUCCUCCCUAUGGCUCAGUCACUGUAGAAUGCUUCUGAGCUUUACUCCUUCCUAUAUAAUUCACUUCAAAUAUGCCAGGAUAUUUGAUGAUUUGUUUUAUUUAGAAACACACAAAAAUAAAUGAGGAUUAAGAUUCUGACAUAUAGGGACAUGAACUCUGAAUUUGUACUGGGCAUAGUCCUUUGGCUCAGUAGCCAUUGAGACUAGUAGCAAACAUUUGGAAGAUGACUAACCAGGAUUGGGAAUACAUGUUUCAGUUUGAGAAAUCAAAUAAUGCUAAGGGCCUAUAUGGGGAUCAGACCUGUGACCUUGGUCUUAUUCACACCUUACUUUAACUAACUGAAGUAAGCAGACACUUAGUACCCAUAGAAAUGGACUGAAAUUAUUGAAUCAUACUUCAUCUGUAACAUCGCAAUCUUCCUGGCUUUCAGAAUAAAAGUAUUUCUGUGGUUUUGAUAUAAAUAUAUACUCUAAUAAUAAAACGUUUGACUAAUUUAUAUGGUAGUUAAUCAGCCUGUAAUUUAUUUUACCAAUGACCCAGCUGUAGAAAUGCCCUAAAUUUCCCCCUUUUUUCUCCCCUGUUCUGGAGCAAGCUCUUGGUUCUCCCUUCCUAUUAAGUAGAGAAAAUGGACACAGGAAUGAAAAAUCCCCAGUUUCUCAAAUUGCUGCUUAAAUCAUUGCUUUCCAUUUUUUCUACUUUUUCCCAUUACCUUCCUAAAAGCACCCAAAAUUGUUUUGGUUUUCAUUUUACCUUCAAAUUAGAGGUAUGAAUUACUAAAGACUGGCAGGAGAAAAAGUAUCAACAAAACGGGUAAACUAUUCCUGAAAAGGUGGUAUUCUUUAAAAUUUGACUAUAUAUAUAUAUAUAUAUAUAUAUAUAUAUAUAGUCAA